AUGGUCAUGUAUCGGAAGUCACCGAUUUCACCAGUUGCUCAAGCAAACGGAAUCUCAAGUCAUCUAUCAACCGAUCGAUUUGCUGCAUGCUUUUCAAUUUCUGUAAGUCUUCCUGUGAAGCAGCGUGCGGAGCAAAGACAGGCCUAUCGUCUGAUUGAGAUGGAACGCUGGAAACGCAUUCGUGACAUUGAGCUCGUUCUCAAUCCGAAAUAUUACCCCGCAGACCCGUCACUUACACAUCGUGUUCUUAUUGCAGCCACCGAAGAGCUUGGGCACGAUAACCCAUUCGUGCAGAACUACAUGCACACAGAAGUAGAAGCUGUUUGGGCAGGGGAACUUGAUAUCGCGAGUCCAGAAACUGUUAUCCCGCUUGCCGAUGUGACUGGACUUGAAGGAAUCCGUUUGGUGGGCAGGGCGAGGAACGAAUUUAAGCUUGCGGAAUUCAAGUCCGCUCUCACCGAAGAUGCAGAGACGCGAAAGGUCUUUGGUGCGCCAUUCUAUUUCUAUCAGAACGAGGCCCUGUGGGGUCAAGAUCGUCUGGAGAUGUUAGAAGAGAUCAUUCGGAGUGGGAGAAAUGCUAUCUUGGGACCCAAGUGA